AUGAAGCCAUUCACGCUGUUCCUCAUCUGCGCAACGUUGUACUCUAAGGGGGACGCAAGUCUAACUCCGUUCAUCACGCCGUGCUACUCUUCGGACACGGAUUGCCUGCGGCAGUCCGCGCAGAACGCGCUACCCGCGAUAGCUGCUGGCAUCCCGAGCUUUGGUAUGCAGUCCCUGGACCCCAUGACCCUGGAGAGGGUGGUGGCGAGACAGGCCGGCCUCGACAUGGAAUUCCGGAACACUGUGGUGAAAGGCCUGCGGAACUGCCAGGUGCUGAGCGUAAUACGUUACCCGCAGCGAACAAGAUUGGACAUCAAGUGCUCUGUGACGCUCGUCGGCGACUAUAGACUAGAUGGCCAGUUGCUGAUCUUGCCCGUAGAAGGACAGGGCAGAUACAAGAUCAAAAUUCGUGACAUCGUGGUGAAGAUCGAUUUAGACUUCGGCGAGCGGUCGGCGUACGGGCAGCGCUACUGGACACUGGGGUCCUAUCGGCACUCGGCCCACGUGGAGACCAGGGCCGAGUUCUCCUUCCAGAACCUCUUUGGCGGGAACAGCCAGCUCGCGGCAACGAUCCACGAGUUUGCGAACAACAACUGGCGGGACAUCAUCCAGGAGGUCUCCCCGCCCAUCAUCAGCGUGAUCGUUUCCAACAUCGUCCAGGAGAUCAGCAAGCUCUUCGACUCCGUCCCCAUCAGCGACCUAAGCUUGGAC